AUGAUGCGCAGAAGUUCUUCUAAGAAAGGGUCCAGCGGGACUUACAACGGCUCUAGCUCGCUCAGGAACUUCAUCAAGGACGUGCGCAACGCAAAGACUCUAGCCGACGAGCGUGCCAUAAUCAACAAACAGGCAGCUAAGAUAAGGACGAAGCUCAGAGAUGACCACCUCUCCUCUGACAAGAAGCGUAACAACAUCAUCAAGCUGCUGUACUUGUACAUCCUGGGCGAGCGCACGCACUUCGGGCAGGUCGAGUGCAUAAACCUGAUCGCCUCAGACCAGUACAUCGAUAAGCGGCUCGGAUACCUGUCGACUACAUUGCUGCUCGACGAGUCGCAGGACCUGCUCACUUUGCUCACAAACCUGAUCAAUAAUGACCUGAAACACCCAAACAAGUACGUGGUAUCUUUGGCACUGACCGCAUUGGGGUUCUUGUCCUCCCCUGAACUGGCUAGAGACCUCUACCCUGACGUAGAGGGCCUGCUGAAGACCUACAGCACCGAUCCUUAUAUACUGAAGAAGGCGCUGCAGUGCUGUGCCAAGCUGAUCGCAAAGGACUCCCAGCUCCUCGAAAUUGUCCCAAUUGACUUGUUCCUGACUUUGCUGAAAGAGUAUAGAUCGAGCCUGACGAGCCUGUCCGCGGCCCAUGGUGUGCUGAUCGGUUUGUCAAGACUCUUCCAGGCCAUCGCCACAGCAAUUACGAACCUGGUAACUCCACAGGAAACAUCCGAGUCCGAUCCCGAAGACAUGGCAUACAGACAAAACUUGGCACAGCAAAUGAUCAAAAUAUUCUCAGAGUCCUCUUUCCUAGAUGACUUCUACCAAGUUCUCGCUAGUUUAUCAUCCAGAAACUUGGACCCACAGUUCGACGUACAAGGCGUCUCGGACCCGUUCUUGCAAUGUGAAGUUAUCACUACAUUGAGACUAUACUUCAAAGCUUACCAUAAGUUGGCUACAGAAAUUAACCAAGAGCAAGUGGAUGGAUUCAACGACUUGCUAACAAAUAUCGCUACAAACACUGACUCCACUAAAUCAAGCGGCCAGGCUGUACUAUACGAGAUCACAAGGACUAUAUUCGACUUGCAGCUACCUAAGCCCUUGCAAGUGCUGGGUAUAAAUAUUCUAGGUAACUUCUUGUCUCCACGUAGUGUCGGAGGAAAGAAGCCCACCACUGCUGUGAUCACAGCACAAAACAAUACCAAAUAUGUCGCGUUAAACAUGCUAUUAAAGGUCGUUCCAUCAGAACCUGAAGCUGUUAGAAGACAUCGGAAGUUCAUCUCCAGAUGCUUGAACGACCAAGACAUAUCUAUUAGAAUGCGUGCACUUGAGCUAACUUUUGCAAUCAUGGACAAGGAUAAUUUGGUUGAGCUUAUCAAUGAGGUCUUGAACUUCCUCGCGAAAUCUGUUAUGAACAAUGGUUCCGCGAAGGGGGGCUAUUCAUCCAGCUACAAGAUCAACUCAUUUGGAGAAGAUAUAGAUGACUCAAAGGAUUUAAUUAUAUUUGCUGUGAAUCACAUAGUUGAUAAGUUUGGUGAAAUUUCGGAAGAACAAGGAGAAAAUAUAGAUAAUAAUUGGAGACUUUCUGUUUUUGUUAAAAUUUUGAAAUUAGUGGGCUCUUAUAUCCCUGUUGAUCGUAUCAGUGAUAUUCUAAUUGCUUUUAAUAAUACAUUGGAAGUAAAUUACAAGACUGAUGUUAUUAUUAGAAUGCUGGAUAUAUCACUAAGGGAGGUUAUGGAGUCAACGGAUAAAACUACCGAAGAUGAAUUUAUUGAAGAAGGAAACUUAGGGUGGCAGCUUGUAUCAAUAUGGUGCAUAGGUGAAUAUGGAGAUAUUGUAUUACAAGCACUUCAGAGCGAUUCUAAGUUAAAUGAAACGUAUGGUAAAACGAUAAACGAAAAGACAAUUGUAAAUUAUCUGAAAUUGAAAGAUACGCAAUAUAUCAGGACCAAUCUAAAAAUUAAUCAUUAUGUAUUAACUGCGGCUUUAAAGCUUUCAGUUAGGAUACAAGAUUUUGCAUUGAUAGAAAAGUUAAGGCAAAUCAUUGUUGGACAAACAAAAAAUACUGACUUAUUACUUCAGGCAAAAGCGACACAGUAUGAGAUCAUUUUUAGCCAGCCUGAAAGUAUUAGGAAACAAAUUUUGGAUGCUAUGCCUCAGUUCGAAAGAGCUGUUAAAACAGAAAAGCCAGUUACAUCCAUAUCGCAUUUGGAUAACGGAAAGCAAUCUGAUCGAAAGCAUGAUCCGUUACUUGACUUACUGGGUGAUACUGAUGUACAAGAUACUAAGCAGCAACAGAAAAAUAACACAAACUUACUUGCUGAUUUACUAUUGGGCGAAAACAAUAAUGGUAUUCAAUCACAAGGCCAAACUAGCAAAAAUAAUGAAGAUAAACUCACACUUCCAGAAAGCUGUACUUUAUUGCAAACUAUUGAUUGCCUAGAAAUCUACGCUAGUAAAAUCACUAAAGAUGACACUUCUGCUCAUCUGGAGAUAUACUAUAAAAACAACGGAGAUGUUGAGGUAUCCAAUCUUCAAUGUUUGGUAGCUGUUACUAAGACACUAAAAGUUGUUUUAGGUCAACUGUAUCCAUCUGUCAAUAUUCCUGCUAAUGGCAUUAUCAAACAGACCUUAAAAGUGUCAGGCACCGGUAAUUUAAAAAUGAGAGUAAAAUUGUCAUAUUCAGUAGGUGGUUCUCAACAAACACAACAGUUUGACCAUAAGUUUCCAGAGCUCACUUUAUAA